GUAAUUAUGGAGAGAAGCAGCAUGUGGUAACUCUGUGGUGGUGGUUGCUCGUGAAGGUCUUCAUCAGACCUUUACUGGACGUGUCGGCGGCCGGUGCUGCACCUCCCGCUCCCUCCUGAGGUCCCAGGCUGAGCAACAGAAGAUCACCAGUGAGCAGUGAUAAUCAUCCAUCCGUGUCGGCUCUAGCUGACGAAUCCUACGAGAAGUCUGAACCAUCAAGUGGUGUUUUGGUGAAUCUGCAACACACUCCUUUAGCUCCCCUCUACCGUAAUUUAGUGCCCUGUAGAACAGUGAUUCUUUAGACCUCUGUUGCCGUCUCGGCGUGCGUCUGACAAGGCUGCUAUAGAAGAUGGCGCCUGUGACGGCUAAUUCAGCAAACGAGGGGACGAAAGGUAUAUCGCUCUUCGUGAAUGGCCAACUGUACACUGUGGGACCAGAGGUAAAACCAUGGACUCGCCUUGUGGAUUUCCUGCGGGAGAAUGUGAAGCUACCAGGCACAAAGGCUUUGUGUAGAGAGGGAGGAUGUGGUGUCUGCAAUGUUGUGGUUACCAUUCCAGACCUGGAGACCCCGGGACACACGAAGAUUCAGAGCAUCCAGGCGUGCCAGAUGCUGGUGUAUGCAUGUGAUGGAUGGAAAAUAGAAACCAUAGAGAAUUUGGGUGAUCGUUAUGAUGGCUACCAUCCACUACAAAAAGCACUGCAUGGUUUCUAUGGCACCCAGUGUGGGUAUUGCUCUCCUGGCAUGAUCAUGAUGAUGUAUGGCCAGAUGCAGUCAAGUGGGAGUCUGACGGCAGAACAGGUGGAAAAGUCACUGGAUGGGAACAUUUGCCGUUGUACUGGUUACCGUUCAAUUGUCGAUGCUUUCAAGUCCUUGGCAGUAGAUGGUGAUCCCAGCUUAAAGAGCAGAUUGACUGAUAUUGAGGAUGCGUACAAAGCUAAAUGCAAGAAGGGUGCAGACUGUAAAGGAUGCUGUAAAGAAAACAAGCUUGCCAAGUUACCUGGUAACAUUUGCAGCCACGAAAAGCAGUCCUACUCGACCUCCAGUGACCGAACACUUUCUGUGGGCUCGGUCCAAUGGUUUUACCCAACAACUUUGGCGGGUGUUUACAGUGCUUUGCAAAAAUUGGGCAAGACUGAUAAGGUUCGGAUUGUUGUGGGAAAUACUGGACAAGGCGUAUUCAAGAAUGAUGGACCAUAUUCAGCAUACAUUACUACCAAUGGGAUAAAGGAAAUGUACACCGUAACGAUGGAGUCGCCACUGAAGCUGGGAGCCAAUGUGAGCCUCACGCGUUGCAUUGAAGUGUUCAAACACAUGGCUGAAAGUGAUCCAGGCUAUGAUUAUCUACAUGCUCUUGUCUCUCACUGGCAAGUGGUAGCUAAUGUUUCUGUCAGGAAUGCUGGCUGCUGGGCUGGAAAUCUAAUGAUGAAACAUGCUCAUAAUAAGUUCCAGUCAGAUAUCUUCCUCACAUUACUUGCAGCUGAUGCUGAACUAACAAUUGGCAAUUCCAAGGAUGCCUCCAUCACUCACAUGGACUUAGAACAGUUUCUUAAAACGGAUAUGUCAAGGAGUGUUAUAAUAUCCAUCUCGCUGCCUCCUGCAACCACAAACACUAAGCUGCGCACAUUCAAGAUCACCCCACGUGCAGUGAAUGCCCAUGCAUAUGUCAAUGCCUGUUUCAAGAUGGAAUUGGAUCCUGCUGAUGGUUUCAGGGUCACAAAGAAACCCACAAUAUUACUUGGGGGAAUUAAUCCACAGUUUAUACAUGCUACAAAGACAGAGGAAUACUUAAACAACCGCAAGCUGACUGAUGCUCAAACUGUUGUGGAAGCUGCAAAUAUCCUGGGGAGCGAAGUGGUUCCAGACAGCCAUCCCCAAGAUUCCUCUCCAGAGUAUCGCAAAUCUCUGUCACAGUCACUUCUUUACAAGACAAUUGUUGGGUUUUUGGGUGACAAAGUGAGUUCCAAGUUCCAGAGUGCUGCACCAAACCUUGUAAGGCCUUUGUCUUCUGGCCAACAGAGUUUUGACAUGAACCAAAAAACUUGGCCUGUUGGUGAACCUGUUCCCAAACUUGAAUCUGCCACACAAAUAUCGGGAGAAGCAACAUAUUUAGAUGAUGUUCCAUACCUGCCUAAUGAGCUACAUGGUGCUUUUGUCCAUACAACGGUAGCCAAUGCAAAGAUAAAGUCCGUUGAUACUACAGAAGCAUUGAAGGUGGAUGGUGUUGUGACAUUUGUAACUGCAUCAGAUAUCCCAGGCAAGAACAGCUUCAUUGUUGGUGCUGGAGCUUAUCCAGACCCUAUUUUUGUGGAAGGCAGAGUUAAAUAUGCUGGUCAGCCCAUAGGUCUGAUGGUGGCUAAGGAUAGGGACACUGCAUAUCGUGCAGCUAAACUUGUCAUAGUUGAGUAUGAAGAUGUGAAGAAGCCCAUCCUGACAAUCAAAGAAGCUCUGAAGGCAGGCAGACAUCAUAUGGCUAUGAAUAUAUUUCUUGGCAAAAGUGAACCUUUUACGUUUGGAGAUGCAGAAGAAGCAAUGAAGACGGCUAAACACACACUAACAGGAGAGAUGUCUCAGGGCACUCAGUUUCAUUUUAACAUGGAGGCUCAUGCUGGUCGGGUUGUGCCAACAGAAGAUGGAUAUAAUGUGUUCAGUACAUCUCAGUGGCCAACAGAAACACAGGCAACUGCGGCUCAGGCACUGGGCAUAUCGACCAAUAGCAUCAAUGUGUCUGUGCGUCGAAUUGGUGGUGGUUACGGAUCCAAGAUUAGCCGUCAGCAUAUAGUUUCGACAGCAGCAGCAGUUGCAGCCAGAAAACUGAAACAGCCAGUGCGUGUUGUGAUGGACCUCACUGCUAAUAUGACUUAUGCAGGCUGGAGAGAACCCUAUUACUCAAAGUAUGAGGUUGGCUUUGAUGAUAAGGGGAAAAUUGAAGCUCUGAAGAUUGAAUUAUAUGGUGAUGCUGGCCAUAUCUCCAAUGAAUCUGCUGUAGGGUUCUUAUUUGCUGCCAUCCAGAAUUCCUACUAUAUUCCCAAUUUCAAUUUUACACCUGCCAAUGUGAAUACUGAUACUGCUGCCAAUACUUACUGCAGGACACCUGGCCAUGUGGAGGCUGUUGCUACAAUAGAAAACAUCAUGGAGCAUAUAGCAAAUUAUUUAAAGCUUGACAAGUUGGAAGUGCGACUUAUUAACAUGGUCCCGCCUCAAGUCCCUCGCAUGAAAAUUCCACCACACGAGAGGAAUGUUGUAAAGGAAGAUAUUCUUCCAUUGCUGAUGAAGAAGGCUUCAGUCGUGCAGCGGCAACAGGAGGUGGAUACAUUUAACAUGAACAACAGAUGGAAGAAACGAGGACUGUCUGUUCUUCCAUUGUGGUAUGGGUUUGACUACCCAUCAAUGUUCCGCUACGGUAUGCAAGUCACCAUUUAUGAACAUGAUGGUACAGUAGCCAUCUCUCAUGGAGGGAUUGAAAUGGGACAAGGAAUUAACACAAAGGUGGCUCAAGUUGCAGCGUACGUCCUGGGCAUACCUCUGGAGCAGGUUGUGAUCAAAGCCUCCGAUACAAUGGUGGGGGCCAACUCCAUAGUGACUGGGGGCUCCUUUGGAUCAGAUCUCUGUGCUCAUGGUGUGAAAAUUGCCAGUACAGCCCUUCGUCAGCGUAUGGAUGUCAUAAAGGAAAAAAUGAAAUCAGAGACAGGAAAAGAUCCGUCUUGGCUGGAGCUGGUUAAAAAGUGUCACGCUGAAGAUGUGGACCUGUCAGAGCGUUACUGGACUGCUGGCAAGGAGCACCCAAAGCGUUAUGACAUCUGGGCCGCUUGCUGUCUUGAGGUUGAAGUUGAUGUUCUGACUGGAGUAUACAUGAUUAGACGUGCUGAUCUGAUAGAAGACAGUGGCCGAAGCAUGAGCCCCUACGUUGACAUUGGGCAGGUAGAGGGUGCCUUCAUCAUGGGCCUUGGGUUGUAUACUUCAGAGAUGGUAAAGUUUGAUCCACAGACAGGCCAGAAACUCUCAAAUGGUACAUGGGAAUACAAGCCCCCAACAGCAUUAGAUAUACCAGUAGACUUCAGAAUUACACUUCUGCCUAAUACAGAAAAUCCAUAUGGUGUUCUUGGAUCAAAGGCUACUGGAGAGCCUCCAUUGUGUCUUUCCUACGUCGUUGUCACUGCUCUGCGCCAUGCCAUUGAAAGUUUCCGUGCAGCAAAUGGAGACACGUCAUUUUUCCAAAUGGAUACUCCCAUCACAGUAGAAAAAGUUCACCAAUUGUGCGGCAUAAACACAUCACAGUUCCAGCUGUACGAGUGAACGAUUCAAGACCGAAGCUUUUCAACACCAAGUUUACAUAGCCAUAUUUAUACUUGCAAGUAGAUCUUGUUUACUAGUAGUACUAGUUUACUGUAUUUAACAUGGCUUAUACCUCUAAUUUAAAUACAGUAGUUUUAUCAUGUGCAAUUAUUCAUAAUUUUUAGUUUAGGCAUUAAUAAGUAGGUAGAACAAUCAUGAUGGGCCUCUGGUAUAUUUCUAUCUGACUUAAUUGCUGGCUGUCACAUUAAUAUAUAUAUAAUUUUUUUUUUUGUUGCAUUUCAUGCUCAUUUUGUUGUAAUCCUGAUACAAGAGAUGACUAAGAUCUAAUAUUAUUUUUGUUGCCUGGUGUUGUACCUUCUCCAGAGCAGCUAUGUCUUUCUGAAGAUAAGGUCUCCCAUGCCUGGAUGCAGUAAUCCAGGUGGGUGCACACCAGGACUGGUACAAUUGAACAACAAUUUUUUUUUUUCCCUUGAGGGUAAAAGGUACACUUGAUUAUUCCCAAGGUUUGGUUUGAUAUGAUAUACCCAUGUACCCCAAUUGUCAUCAGUACAGAUUAUGUGAAUUACAUGAAUUUCUUGUAAUUGAA